UCUGCACUAUCAGCAUGCCUUUGUUACUGCUGAAAUGCAUACUGCUGUGUGCGUUGAUGCGUGAAGCGGUGUGUGCCUGUAUGCUGAACAAUCACACCUUAUGGAUUGAGAGACGCGACUGUGCCCAGUGUGUCGCCAUCAACACGACCAUCUGCAACGGCUACUGUUACACACAGGACACCAACUUGAGGGGACGUUUUGGGAGGAGUUUCGUGAUCCAGCGCAGUUGUGUGCCUCACUCCCUGGUGUACCGAGCCGCCCACGUACCAGGCUGCCCUCAGGAUGUCAACCCGCAGCUGUAUUAUCCUGCGGCCCACCGCUGCAGCUGCAGGCGCUGUGACACGCGCACGCACCACUGCGUCCGAGCCAGCCGAAUCUCCAACGACCGAUGCACCGUGACCCUCGGCGGCGUGAAGAGCCAGACCCAGCCCUCUGUAGGAACCUGA